AUGCCAGAACGGAAUUUGGUUUCUUGGAAGGCUAUGAUAGUGGGUUAUGCAAAGAGUGGUCUCUGCCAGGAGGCUAUGAAGCUCAUGUAUCGGAUGCGAACAGAGGGUUUUGAGGUGGAUGAUUACAUCCUUGCCACUGUUCUUACUGCAUGUGGAGACCUCCUUAUUUAA